AUGGUGGCCUACUCAUCCUGCUACUUUCCUAAAAUCAAAUCCCAUUGCCUAUUCAUCCCCAUACUUCCCUUAUCCUAUUUGCCUACUUCCCCGACCCUCCCCUACCCUUCGUCGAGCCUUGUCCGCUGCGGCCUUUCUUCACGUCCGGGCUGUUGCUGGGGGAGUUAUUUUUGUCCUUGCUUCCGCUUGCCCCUGUUCUAUCCGGACUUCUGUCGUUUCGGCCGCGCUUAUUCUGCAUCUUUUCGUUUUUCAAUCUGUCUAGGAACGCCCGAGCUUCAUCCCUUUCUUUCGUGA